CGAGCACUCGCCGUGGCCAUGGCUAUGAGAGAAAGGCGCCCUCUGACACCCUCACGCUCUUCGACAACGUCGCCCCUUGGGCCCACAGGGAGCGACGGGUGGACACGGGAUUGGGCGAAAGAAAAGGCCGGACGGGUGACGCUUGGUCAAGGUUUUAGAUGUUUCAUGUUUUGGACAGUCAUUACUUAUCAUGGAAGGUGUUUUGAGUGUAUCAGCUUGAUAGUCAUGAGUGGUAGAACCACUCUGCUUGCUGCCCAUCUCAACGCCCAUCUCAACGCCUUCUGCCUGUCGACCUUUGGCAUCUGCACCGGUCCUCUUGGCGCAUCGUCACCAAGCUUGUGGCACCAACUGCGAACGCCACGGCCUGGCAGAGCCCGGCGAAUCCACCGCAAACGGCAAAGAAGCGGAUUUGAAGUAAGUGGUUUUGAGCUCCUAGUAACCAGUGCAUCGCUACUAGGAACAAGUGCAUUACUAGUAUAGCAUGCAUAGCAAAUAUAGCUACUAGUAGCUUUUUGUUAUUGGUAAUGCACUUAGCUACAAGCUUGGCUGAAGUGCUGAGCCCUCAAACUUCACUGACUUGCAUGCAUGCAGUGACCAACUACUCCAGACUCCAGACUGUCUCCCUUUGUUUGGAGACUGGUGAUCUGUAUGCAGUAUGCAGCAUGCAGCUGUGAGCCACUCUUCGGAUUGUCGACUUCCAUUUCUGUCGGCUAGAUGAAAGACACGCAUGAAACAUCUGUCAUAACGCCCAUACUUGACCCCUUAAUGCUUGUUUGUUUCGUUGGAUCCCGAUUUUUCGGUCGAGUUUGAGUGAGCUGGGCUACACCUGAGGAUGAACCGAGCAUCGCGUAUUGGGCGCCGCCGCUCAAGGGCGCAGUGAAGCAGAUCUCUGGAUCGGUGGGGAAUGCGGUGGACUGUGUGGAGAUCCAGCUUCGCUGUGGCAAGAAGAACUUCUACGGCAAUCAAGGCGGCUUUCAGCACAAGAAUUGGCGCUUGCACCACGACGAGGUGAUCCUCGCGGUGGCACAGGAGCAGCGCGACUCGUUUGUGGGGAACAGCCUUGUGUUUUACACCUCAGAGUGUCAGAUCAUCGCGCUUCAGGGCCACGAUGCCACGCACCGCACGCGCUUGAUGGCGCCCAUUGGCAGUCAAAUCUCUGGCUUGCAGUUUGAAGGAAGCCAUCUCACUGGCAUCUAUUUGGAGCGUGUGCCCAUUGAUGGCAGCCCUAUGGCUGUUUCGGCAAUCCUGGGGCACGUAGGCUCUGCUGUGGAUAAGCUGGUGCUACGGCUUAGGGAUGGAUCUACACGGCGGUAUGGCUUUGAAGGAGGCUAUGUACAGGGCCCCUAUGAUUUGGAAGAUGACGAAUACAUCCUCUUUGUGGAGCAAGACCGUCGCGAUAGCUUCCUGGGCAACUCUGUGGCCUUCAUCACCUCCAAAGGCAGAAUCUUUGACUUCCGUGGAAUGCAGGCCUCGCGCUCCAUUCGCUUCGUGGCCCCGCCAGACCGACAGAUUUGUGGCUUGGGCUUCACCGGUAGUCGCUUGUCACUGGUCAGUACCUGCCAUGUGCAAAAGCCCGAUGCCAAUGAACUGGAAGAUCACGCAUUGGAUUGAGCAAUGCCAUGCUACGCCCGUCCGUCGAGCGACGAGAUUUGGCGUGGGGGUCGGUGACCUCGAAUUCAGAGAUGGAGAAGACACGCAUGACGUCCUUGCUCCUAGUAGUAAGGCCAGGAGCCCCUAG